AUGACAAGGAAGCAGAAGGUAGGUCAAAGCAAGGCACAUGAAGGAGAACAGUCGCCAAAGAAGAAGGCAAAGAAUGGAGAGGAUCAAAAUGAUAGUACAAAUGGGAAAUCUGAGGAUAAUAUUGCUAAAGAGUAUGAAGAGUUUUGUAAAGCAAUUGAAGAGCACCUUUCCGUUGAACAAAUGAGAGAAAUUUUGGAUAUGAAUGACGAAGAUUCCUCCUCUGCCUCUGAUGGUGUUGUCACUGCCAAAUGCCAAGAUGUGCUCUUUUUUGGGCCACUGGACAAGUGCCCAUUAUGCAGCAGCAAUUUGGAAUUUGAUGGUAAAAGGUGUUCUUGUAAAGGGUUUUACAGUGAGUGGUCUGGCUGCACAUUCAAAACAAGAAAUCCACCAAGGAAAGAGGAGCCACUCAAAUUACCUGAUUCUGUUCUCAACUCCUCAGUUGCAGAAUUGCUAAAGAAGCAUCAGGAUCCCAGUCGCCGGCCUUGUCAGGGUGCCCCAAUUAAACCUUUGGCAGGAAUAGUGGUCUCUUUAUCAGGCCGUCUUUCGCGAACACAUCAAUACUGGAAAAUGGAGAUUGAGAAACAUGGAGGGAAGGUUUCUAGUUCAGUCAAAGGCAUUACUUGCCUAGUUGUGUCACCUGCUGAGAGAGAACGUGGUGGUUCUACGAAGCUUGCCGAUGCCCUGGAGGCGGGCAUACCUGUAGUAAGAGAAGAUUGGUUGCUUGACAGCAUUGAAAAGCAAGAACCGCAGCCAAUGGAAGCAUAUGAUGUUGUUUCUGAUCUUUCUGUGGAGGGAAACGGAAUUCCAUGGGACAAACAAGAUCCCAGUGAAGAGGCUCUGGUGUCUAUUUCAGCCGAACUUAAACUAUAUGGCAAGAGAGGAGUCUACAAAGAUACUAGAAUGCAGGAACGUGGUGGACAGAUAUUUGAGAAAGAUGGGAUAUUGUACAACUGUGCCUUCUCACUUUGUGACGUGGGCCGAGGACUGAACGAGUAUUGUAUCAUGCAAUUGAUCACAGUACCAGAUAGUAACUUGCAUUCCUACUACAAGAAGGGGAAAGUAGGUGAUGAUGCAAAUGCGGAGGAGAGGCUUGAAGAAUGGGAAAAUGUGGAAAAUGCUAUUAAGGAGUUUGUUAGGCUCUUUGUGGAACUUACAGGAAAUGAGUUUGAGCCAUGGGAAAGAGAGAAGAAGUUCGAGAAAAAACGACUCUAUUUCUAUCCGAUUGACAUGGACGAUGGUAUGGAUGUGAGACAUGGAGGGCUUGGACUAAGGCAGCUAGGAGUUGCAGCCGCGCACAGCAGCCUUGAACCCAAAAUUGCUUAUUUUAUGAAGAUUUUGUGCAGUCAGGAGAUAUACAAGUAUGCUACGAUGGAGAUAGGUUUAGACUCUCCCGACUUGCCAACGGGGAUGCUUUCAGAUUUACACUUGGAAAGAUGUGAGGAGGUCCUGCUUCAGUUUGCAGAAGCUGUGAAGUCAAUGAAAGAGACAGGACAAAAGGCUGAGGCUGUUUGGUCAGAUUAUAGCCAAAGAUGGUCUACUCUUCUGCAUUCAACUAGGCCUUUCGUCUUCAGAGACUAUCAGGAUAUUGCAGAUCAUGGUGCAGCUGCAUUUGAGACUGUCCGAGACAUAAAUGUGGCAUCACGCCUUGUCGGAGACAUGUUUGGCUCAACCCUAGAUGAUCCGUUGUCAGAUAGAUACAAGAAAUUGGGCUGCUCAGUUUCUGCACUAGAGAAAGAUUUUGAUGACUACAAGAUGAUUGUGAAGUACCUGGACACAACUUAUGAACCAGUCAGAGUCGGAGACACUGACUAUGGUGUAUCAGUUGAGAAUAUUUUUUCUGUGGAACCAAAUGCUUGUCCUUCUUUGGAUGAAAUAAAGAAGUUGCCAAACAAAGUACUGCUAUGGUGUGGCACUCGAAGUUCAAACAUGUUAAGGCAUUUGCAAAAAGGAUUUCUGCCGUCAGUCUGUUCUCUUCCAGUACCCGGUUACAUGUUCGGGAAGGCAAUUGUUUGUUCUGAUGCUGCUGCGGAAGCUGCUAAGUAUGGUUUUACCUCAGUAGAAAGGCCAGAAGGAUUUUUAGUUCUAGCUGUUGCUUCUCUCGGGGAUCAGAUCAUAGAAGUGAAGAGCCCACCAGAGGAUACGAAGUCGUUGGAAGAGAAGAAGCUGGGGGUGAAGGGAUUGGGCAAAAAGAAAACAGAUGAAUCUGAACAUUUUAUGUGGAAGGAUGACAUCAAAGUUCCUUGUGGUCGCUUGAUUCCGUCAGAGCAUCGAGACAGCCCUCUUGAAUACAAUGAAUAUGCUGUUUAUGAUCCAAAACAGACGAGAAUAAGAUUCUUGGUGGAGGUCAAGUACGAGGAGAUGGGUGCUGAGCUAGAUACUACAGAGCCUUGAGAAAAGGGAAAGGCCAAGGAGCGAGCCGGGCAAAGAGCAAAGAAGGGUUAUGUACAGACCUUUUUGUCUUUGUUGCCGCUUUUUGCCAUCUUCUUGGAUGGGCCCUUGGGGUAAAAUCCGAAGCUUUUCAAUGGGAGUGGAUGGUGAAGGAUUUUGUGCUGCAUAUAAUCAUCAGAACCUGCGCUUUAAAUUGUUGUUACAAUAGCAUAGCCGUCUGUAGCCUUUCUACUUCUGGGGUGAAGCACAAAAUUUCUUGGUUCAUCUCUGAGUGGAUCAUUUGGCAAUAUAAAACUUAUCAAUGUGAAAAUACAUUUUGCUAAUUUUAUUCUCUCUGGAGAAGAAAUACUAAAGAGGGUGCUGGACUUGGCGGGGGAAUUGAGGGAACCAAUUGUUUUCUAGAGUAUUUGGG